AUGAACAAAACUGUGUUUUCCUUUACAGAAGAGUUUAUAGCAAGGCGAACAGGAAAAUACGUGGAUUUCAAGAAACUUCUAUUUACCUUUUCCACAAUAUGUCCAUUGGAGGAGACGUGUGGUGUUGAUUAUGAGAAUAGAUUUUUAUUUUCUGAAGAACUAUUUCCGAGUAUUACAGGAUGUAACCGAUGUACUUGCAACCCGAGCUGUAUCUAUAGUGGCAACUGUUGCCCAGGAACACACUAUGGAUAUUUUGAUUAUAGUUGUUUCAAUAUAAACCUUUAUCCACAAACAACUGAAGAGGCGUCUUACAUGGUAGGAACGUGUAUCGAUAAUUAUAACGAAAACAAAACAGUUAUUGAACUGUGUAGAGAAAAGUUUGAACCAUGUACUGGGACAGAGUCUAGCCUUAUUUAUAAGAACAAAUACUGCGGAGAAUGUAACAAAGAGAUUGGCUGCAUAUCUUUGAAAAUAGAGGUAGAAUGUGCAGAUGCAAUGACGUUCAAGGAAGUGAUGCCUUCAUUUUCUUCGCUCUUAGAUAUGAAGAAAGCGCUUGAUUCAAACAACUGUAGAAUUAGAUUUCAACUUCCUAAUGAUGACCCGACGCUUCACUGCAAAACUUCAAAGGUAGAGUACCUGAAGAGAGCUACUGUCGAUAGAUGUAAUGUUUCGGGAUCUUGGGAAAUAUACGAUGAAGAUAUAGAUUGGGCAUGCUCUAACUUCAUUACCCCUUAUAGGAACUUCAAAAAUAUUUUCUGCUACAUAUGUAACCCUAGUCACAGUAAAGUGCAAGCGGAGUCUUUAAUUGACAAAUGUAGACCUGCAAGGAAUCGUUUGGAGACAGAAGUGAAUAAAGCUUGUGAAACAUUUUCAGUAGCUGAUAGAUUGGCACCUUUUAAGAAUAUCUACUGCUAUGUGUGUAGUCAAGGUUAUGAUAUGUUGUUCGAUGACAAUGAAUAUUCUCUGCAAUAUGCAAACGAAUUUAACACUAUAAACUUACAAACAAGACUUGAUAUAGCUAUUAAGUUUGCUGGAGAACAAAAAUUAAAUGAUUUUAAAAUAUUUGUUGAGAAUGUACUUUCUGAAACGUUCGAGGUAAAAGAAGACGGCAACGAGCAAUGUAAAUCUAAACAAUUAAUCAACGAGUAUUCAGACAUCAAAGAAGCUGUCAACGGGUACAAAUCUAUUUGUGGAACAGAAACCCUUUGCAAUACAGAUAUAACCAGAAACAACAUAGACAAGGCUUACGGAAAUCCGGUGUGUAAGAGCUGUGACUGUGACAGUUUUUGUGCAGAAAAUAGAAGCUGUUGUCCUGAUAUAUUAUUGACCAGAGUGCCAUAUUCCUGCUAUAGCCACGGAAUGUUUUCUUCGUUUCAUAAAGGUCAGGAUGAAGGAUCUAAAUACGUUCUAAACAUCAGUUCUAAUAUCUCUAAGACUGACUUCUACUUGACCAUAGAUAGAUGCUUAAACGACAAUGAUACACCAACUUCACUCCUAGAAGGAGAGAAGUUUAUUCGAAAAGAACGUCAUCCAUCUCAGUUUGAAUUUAAAGUAGAAACAGAUGUAACCUUCAAUAGUACCACCGCGUUAAAGCCAGUGAGAAAUGUUUUUGAUAAGUGUAACAAAACAGGCAUGUACAGGUAUGGGAAAAGUGAUUUGAUAAGAAAUAUAUGCGAAACGGAAGAUGAAAACCUCAUGGCACUCCUCGAAAAUCGAAUAGACAACAAUGUGUAUAAAAACUUUGCUUGUUUUCUUUGCAAUCCGGAACAUGAUGUAUCCGCCGAUGAUUCUGAUAAAGUAACGUCACGUUGCUUAUCUAAUAAUUCUGUAGACUGGUAUGUACCUGACGAAACUCUGGAAGAGUUAUGCAAUGAGACAGAAUUUCACCCAAGAUGGUAUCCUUACAAAAAUAUGUAUUGCGCUGAAUGCAAUCUUCCACCGUGGCAGCUGGUGGUUGUGAAUGUGUUAAUAACCGAUGGAUCGCGGCCGCCUGUCGGGUACAAGUAUAUAUUCUCCCUGUCAUCGGCCGACUUUGAACACCUAGACAUGGUCACGGAGAGAGAGUCUAUUCCGGAGUGUAUACGAGGAACAUACGAUUAUACUUUGAAACGGUGUCGGUCUUUGAGCUGUAAUGACGGAUUUCAUCUAUUCAAUACUACGUGUAAACCCAUUUUAGAAUCGGCAAUACAACACCAGUACACCGUUUCAUUUGAUCUUCACUAUUCAUCUGAAGACAAUAUAAACAUGUAUGGCAAUAAUGAAACUAACGGGACUGUUAUUGUCUAUUUAGAAACUCUUUUUACAAAAAUUGAAGACAUCAUUACGACUUCGUUCGGAGAAACGACAGAAUAUUUUAUCAAGUCAAAGGGAUUCUUAAUCUCACCAUGUGAGUCAAUCAACCAAGAUUUUUACGUUGACCUCGAUCAAACGAACACAUUCAAUAUUGAGUUAAUAUUUCUUAUUAUAAAAACGGAAACAUUAAGCAUGGUCCAUACAACACUUGUAAAUGCACAAAAUAGACAAUUCGUCAUUUCGGACAUCCAAAGUAUUGAUGGACUACAGAAAACUAUUAUUGUCCACUCAAAGCCAAAAGUGAAGAAUACAAGAGAUAUACCUGAUUUUAGACCAUGCCCUCUCUUCCAAGCCUUCUUUUAUCCUGAGUUAGAUUCGCUGCAAUUCAACGAAUAUACUAUUGACCCAUUCUUUAUUUGUGGACAGAUAACCUUAAAUAUGAGUGAAGUGUAUUUAGACAAAGAUUCAAAUAACAUAAGUUUGAAAAAUAUGAAUGCUACAUUUUCAAUUUGGGAAUAUAAGGUCACCAAAAAAACUGUCAUAAUUUGUGCAGAUGUUUAUAACACGAGGACCUAUAUUGAACCAGCUGUAGUUAUGCUCGUUUUAACAGAUCAUGUCAAAUCUGUUAUCAUUAUUUUCUCUUUUGUUUGUACAAUAGUUUCACUGUUAUGUCUUUUUCUUACAUUUCUCACAUAUUCCUUUCUUUCAACCCUUCGCACAGUUGCGGGAAAAAAUAUCAUGUCUUUAUGUAUUUCUCUUUUCUUUUCGCAAGCUUUGCUGCAGUUUGGUAUAAAUGCCACUCAGAUAGCAGCAGUAUGUGUAGCUAUAGGGAUAUCAAUGCAUUUGUCUUGGCUAGCUUCGUUUUGCGCGAUGAACAUCUGCUCAUUUCAUACAUUUAAGGUUUUUUGUUUCAAUAACUUCGAAAAUCGACCUGCUAAUAACAAAUCCGACACAUCUUUAUUUCUCAAAUAUUCACUUUACAUGAUUUGUCUCCCAUUAUUUCUGGUGUUGGCAAAUAUUUCUGCAAGUCUUAUUAAAUCAGAUGCUUCUGACAUUGGCUAUGGAGAGUACUAUUGCUUCAUUUCUGACUUUUAUAUCUUUAUUUUUACAUUCAUUACUCCAGCUAGCUUUAUAUUGUUAUCAAAUAUCAUAUUUUUUUCAAUGGCUUUCCACCAAAUACGAUCCACACCGAGCGUACAACACACUCAAGAUCGCAACAAUUUUUAUAUUUGUCUCCGUCUUUGUACAAUUGUUGGCAUUGCUUGGCCUUUACUCAUCAUUGACAAUUCUUUCGGGAUUACUUGGUUUUCUUUCAUCGCUGCUGGUGUGAAUGCUUUACAAGGUGUUUUCAUUUUUGUCUCUUUCGUUGUUAAUCGAAGAGUUGCUUUGAUGUUUCUUUCAACUAUGACAGGAUCUGAAAAUACAAGCACAGAUACGACUGGCACUAAAAGUAGUCUUAGAUGCUAUAGAGUAAAGAUUGCUGAAACUACGUAA